UCCGUCGUGACGUUGACAAAUUGCUUCUUCCGCUGCCGGUAGAGAACGUGAGCUGCCAAGAAGAAGAAAAAAAAGCAGAAGUAGCUGCAAAGCCGAGACAAUUACACUUAACACCAGACUCCUUUAUGACACAGAGUUACACCCGCUAAAAAGAAUAACGUCAUCGUGUCCUAGAUCUGUGAACGCCAAUCCACUCCAGCAGGUGACCGACAAUGGCUGUGAACGUGUACUCAACCUCAGUGACCAGCGACAACUUAAGCCGUCAUGACAUGCUGGUGUGGAUCAAUGACUCUCUACAAAUGAACCUAACCAAGAUAGAAAUGUUGUGCUCAGGUACUGCUUAUUGCCAGUUCAUGGACAUGCUGUUUCCCAACUCCUUGCCUCUGAAGAAAGUUAAAUUUGGUGCCAAGCUGGAGCACGAAUACAUCCACAACUACAAGCUUCUGCAGGUUUCCUUCAAAAAGAUGGGAGUGGACAAAAUCAUUCCAGUAGACAAACUGGUGAAGGGGAAGUUCCAGGACAACUUUGAGUUUGUCCAGUGGUUCAAGAAGUUCUUUGAUGCAAACUACGAUGGAAAGGAGUAUGACCCGGUUGAGGCGAGGCAGGGCCAGGAUGCAAUGCCCAUACCCAACAAUGCCACGUCAGCUCUCACCAAAACCCCCAAAAAGGCUCUCAGUCCAGCUCCCCAGAGGCCACCUGUUGCCAAAGUUGCGCCUAAGUUGGCUCUUGUCAGUGCGAGGAAGCCAAAAAUGGGAGGAGGAGGAGGAGGAGGCGACGAGGAGAGGGCGGAGCUCAUGAAUGAGGUGGAGAUCCUAAAAUCUACAAUUCAGGACAUGGAGAAGGAGAGAGAUUUUUAUUUUGGUAAACUGCGGAACAUUGAGCUGAUCUGCCAGGAGAAGGAAGGAGAGGGCGACCCCACGCUGCAGAAAAUCAUCGACAUUCUCUACGCCACAGACGAGGGUUUUGUGAUACCGGAUGCUGAAGAGCAGGAGGAGUUUUAAUCAAAACUGCAAGCAACUUUUCACUUGCUCUGGUAGACAAACCCACCUUGAGGUUUUCUUCAAGACAGUCCGUUUGGUUUUAUAUC